CGUUUGCUUUUAGAUGAAGCCUAAGAGAAGAAUAUGUAUGAUGCAGCUGAGAAAAUUGAAGGUUUCAUGAAGAAAUUAUACUUGGCCAGAGCUACUGUGACCAACGCCAAGAUCAGAGAGCACAGGUUAGCAGAAUAAGCUGAGAUCAACAUAAUUUGUCUCAUGGCGGUGGGGUUAACCUAUUAUGGAAUUGUGAUUUAUAAAAUUAGAUCUCAUAGGUUUCGGUUGCAUUCUCUUUCCCUGCCUCUUGGCUGUCAAAUUUGACUCUUUGGUGAAUGGGGAGGCAGCAUCACAUGAUCAUUGUCAGAGUCUUUAUUAGAUAAUAAAGUAGCUUUUUUACUGAAAAUCAGAACCUCGUGAUCCAAUGUUGCAACUACUACAAAAAAAAGUAGAAUAAAAUAUAAUAAAGAACUCUGCUCUUGGCCCAGCAGCCCUUCAUGCCUUCCCUACCGUGUACUGAGAUUGCAUACCAUAUACCUCAUGUUCGUUUUUGACAGCAGAAAGGAUUUCGCGUCAUAGUUGCGUUUUAUGAUCAAAUUUUUAAGAUUUAAUCAUAAAGCAACAUCAUGCCUUACAUCCAAAUAAACCCUUAAUCAUCGGUGAUUUUCAAGAAGUACCGACCAAAUGACCAAUUUCUUGUCCUUUAUGUUCCUUCAUUUUUCCUUCGUAGCCCGUUCCCCAUGAAGUUGUCCAAAGUCUUGUGCUGGAUGAACAGAAAAAAAAUGUCAUAUCAAACCCAACUUUUUUUCCCCAACCUGAUCCAAAGAGGUAAUAUUUGAUAUCAAAUUAUACCGAAUAGUGAAGACAACAUGGAAUCCAACAAGUAAUCAGCCAAGAGAUGGGUGCAACAGCACGUCCAAGGUUGUGCAAUUAGGCUAAAAAUCAGUGAUAUUAGCCAAAGAGCCGGCAGUUCUUUGAAGUGUACGAAAAUAGUAAUAAUUUUCGAUUUAAUUAUCAUAUCUGUAACCUGUUAAGAUUAUUACAAAACGUGUUAGCAGAAGAUGAAUUGUUUGACUAUUUCAAUUAUUUAUUUUAAUUUUUAUUUAUAUUUGGCUUAUGUUUAAGGGGAACUAGAACUAAAUCCAACCAUUCAACAAGGAAGAAAGAGUAUUAACUGGUAUCGUGUAGGCUCAACCAAAUUAAAACUACUUUCCCACCAUAGAUUUCUGAUCGUUCACGGCCAAAAAAUUAGAAAUAUGAAGAAUUGGUAUCAUGAGCCUACUAAAGAACAAUGGCUAGUUAACUAAGGUUGCAUUCAUCAAUGAUAAAGAGACAAAUAAUUCUACCCUCAAAUGCUUCUGAUUAGGUGAUUGCCUGCCAUGAUUUUGUACCAAUAAAAAUGGUCUCCCAAUCCCUGCAGUCCAACUACUAGCCAGUUGCCAGCUCACUCUCUAUACACCCAGAAUGUUCUUAGGUCCAUGCUCAAUUCUGCAACCUCUAUUUUCCAGAGAUUGAAAAAAACCCUAACAAUGUCUCACAAUUGAGGAAGGCAGCAGCUUUAAUUCAUAACCAACCAGCUUUGCAAUUGGGGCAUGGUGCCAAAUACUUUAAUACCCUGACCUGAUAGCUGAAGGGGUAGCCACUUCCAUUCCACGUGACAUUUACUCGGUUUUGGUGCAUUGAAAAUGAUUAGCUCAAUGGGGACUUGGUUUUAAAUCAGAUUCCGCAACUGAAAUUUUUCUGAUUUAAGUUCAUUAUUACAUAAUUACUAUCUUUCUCUUUCCAUGCUCACUUGGCUUUCACGGACAAGACAAGAGGAAUCUAAGGAAACAUUUUCCUUGCAAUUUCCUGGCUACUUUUUCCUCCACCAUAAAAACCUGACCAAAAAUCUAUGCUUCAAUUGGUCUUUUUUCUGUUUUGUUUUCAUCUGCAAACAGUGUAAGUAGUUAUAGAGCUUAUGAGUUUCUAUGUUUAUCCAUUCAGACUCAAACUUUCCCUUUUAAAGAACCUGCUUCAUCGCCUCCCACGUUCAGAUUCAUCUUUAGUGAUUAUGGCAUGGCUGAUCUUCAGUUUCAAGCAUUCUUGCCAUCUUCUUUUGUCUUUCCCGUUUCACUUUGCUUCUACUUCCACUUGAACUCUUGAGUUAUUUGUCCUUUUUCCAUAAAACUCUGUUGGGUCUUCGCUGAAAUCUUAUAAGAGCUGAUAAUUUUAGUGAACCCAAUACUACAAUGCCGCCAUCUUACUUCCCUCUGCGCUGGGAAAGCACUGGAGACCAAUGGUGGUACGCGUCACCUAUUGAUUGGGCAGCUGCUAAUGGCCUUUACGACCUGGUCAUUGAGCUUCUCCAUCUUGACACCAAUCUUCUCAUCAAGCUCACUUCUCUCCGCAGAAUCCGCCGUCUCGAAACCGUGUGGGACGAUGAGGCUCAGUUUGAUGAUGUUGCAAAAUGCCGCUCUCAUGUUGCAAAAAGACUUCUUCAAGAAUGUGAGACCAAGAAAGGCAACAAUACCUUGAUUAGAGCUGGCUAUGGAGGCUGGCUUUUGUACACUGCUGCCUCAGCUGGUGAUGUGGAUUUUGUUAUGGAACUGUUAGAGAGAGACCCUCUUCUUGUAUUUGGAGAAGGAGAAUAUGGGGUCACUGAUAUAUUUUACGCAGCGGCUAGGAGCAAAAACUCUGACCUUUUCAGGAUGGUGCUAGAUUUUGCUGUGUCGUCCAGGAGUUGCCUUAGCAGUGAACUAGAAGAAAAGGAUGAGUUGAGUGAAACUCGGUUGGUUUUUAAGUGGGAAAUGAUGAAUAGAGCGGUUCAUGCUGCAGCUAGAGGUGGGAGUUUGGAGAUUUUAAUGGAGAUUCUUGGGGAUUGUAGUGAUGUUUUGGCCUAUAGAGAUGCGCAGGGGUCUACUAUCUUGCAUACAGCCUCUGGGAGAGGACAGGCUGAGGUAGUGAAGGAUCUUGUAGCAUCGUUUGAGAUUAUAACCUCUAUGGAUAAUCAAGGGAACACGGCAUUGCACGUGGCGGCUUAUUGGGGUUAUUUAAUGGUUGUGGAGUUACUGAUUCACGCAUCUCCAACUUUGGUCUCUGUGAAGAACGACUAUGGGAAUACUUUUCUUCAUGUAGCUGUGGCUGGUUUUAGAACGCUAGGCUUCCGAAGAAUAGACCGGCAGAUUGAGCUCAUGAAGAAAUUAGUAAGUGGUGAAGUUGUCGACAUUCAAGACAUCAUCAAUGUAAGAAACUUGGAUGGAAGAACUGCUCUACAUAUGGCUGUAACGGAGAAUGUUCAAUCUAGUCUGGUGGAGCUACUCAUGACUGUGCCAUCUAUUGAUUUGAAUGUCAGUGAUGCUGAUGGCAUGACCCCAUUAGAUCUCCUCAAGAGACAGCCUAAAUCAGUAUCGUCAGAAAUUUUAACCAAAAAACUAAUUGCAGCCGGAGGAAUCUCCAACUGUCAGGACAAUGUUGCAAGAAGUGCCAUUGUUUCCCAUCUAAGAGAGCAGGGCAUAGGUGCCAGUCCUGGAACUUCAUUUAGAAUUCCUGAUGCAGAGAUAUUCUUGUAUGCCGGUUCUGAGAAUGCAUAUGAUGCAGGUUGUGAUCAAGAUAGUGUGGAAUAUAGUUCAUGCCUGAGUGAACUAAAUGACUUGAACUUAAGUAACUCAGUAGGUAGCAAGAAGUCAAACUCCAUAAAUCAUACUGCAAGGCGCCUAAAAUUUUUUCUCCAAUGGCCCAGGAAGAAGGAGAGAAAAGCUGCCAGCACAGAAUCAACAGAUGAAGAUUCUAUGGAGGCUAUGAGUACUUGUAGAAAUUGGCCAGAGAGUCAUAUUCCACUUCGUGAAAAAUACUCCAAAGUUUCAUUUCUUCCAAACAACAAGAGGACAUUUUCUCUCAGGAGUGAUCUUCCUAGCCGAUCCACCAGAAAGAAAUUUGCUGCAGAGUUAACUCAUGGUGUGAUCCAGGCAGCACCGCAUUUGGCUGCUCCCUUUAAAUCACCAACAAGUCCUUUUUCGGGGUCUUCUGUGGCCUCACUUAUUUCAAUGGAUGAACAAAAGGGUGUUCAAAAUGCAGGACAUUCUUUCUCAAAUCCAUCAUUUAAUGGUAAAACAACACAAAUAAAUCAGAAGCAAACUUCACCGGAUAAGAGGUUGAUGAACCAGUAUUUCUGUUUCGGAGCACAAGGCCUAGCUGUGGAAGAUAGUAGAACCCACACACGGCUGGAUCACAGCAUUAAAAGUGUCAGUUCUUUAGUUGCUUGAUGCAGCUUCAUGGAAGUAUUGCAGUUUUGAGUAAAGACCACCAACAGCCCAGGAAUUUGUUGUUCUAUGAGCUUCCUAAUCUUGAAUGUCCAGUGUUUGAGUGCAUAAACUAUGUAUAAAAGAUCUGAAUAAAUUCAAGUCGUAUAUUGAAAAUAAAAGCCAGAUUUUUUAAGUAUCUGUAAACAUCCAAGCUGUAUCAUAAGUUUUUGGAUCUGGCAGAGUUGUAUCAUAUGUUAUUUUGCUGAUUGUGAUAUGUAGCUCAA